AAUGAUGAAACAGUGCAAGCUCUCACUUCCCCUUCCUGUACAGGGCAGGUUGUGGAGCCAGAGCCAGAGCAGUCCUCUCUGGAGAGCCUGAAGCAAACAUGGAUCAAGAAACUGUAGGCAAUGUUGUCCUGUUGGCCAUUGUCACCCUCAUCAGCGUGGUCCAGAACGGAUUCUUUGCCCAUAAAGUGGAGCACGAAAGCAGGACCCAGAAUGGGAGAAGCUUCCAGAGGACAGGAACACUUGCCUUUGAGCGGGUCUACACUGCCAACCAGAACUGUGUAGAUGCGUACCCCACUUUCCUCGCUGUGCUCUGGUCUGCGGGGCUACUUUGCAGCCAAGUUCCUGCUGCCUUUGCUGGACUGAUGUACUUAUUUGUGAGGCAAAAGUACUUUGUCGGUUACCUAGGAGAGAGAACGCAGAGCACCCCUGGCUACAUAUUUGGGAAACGCAUCAUACUCUUCCUGUUCCUCAUGUCCGUUGCUGGCAUAUUCAACUAUUACCUCAUCUUCUUUUUCGGAAGUGACUUUGAAAACUACAUAAAGACGAUCACCACCACCAUCUCCCCUCUACUUCUCAUUCCCUAACCCUCUGCUGAAUAUGGGGUUGGUGUUCUCAUCUAAUCAAUACCUACAAGUCAUCAUAAUUCAACUCUUGAAAGGAUUCUGCUCUUCUUUAGAUGGCUAUAAAUCUAUUGGCCAUCUGGGCUUCACAGCUUGAGUUAACCUUGCUUUUCCGGGAACAAAAUGAUUUCAUGUCAGCUCCGCCCCUUGAACAUGACCGUGGCCCCAAAUUUGCUACUCCCAUGCAUUUUGUUUGUUUCUUCACUUAUCCUGUUCUCUGAAGAUGUUUUGUGACCAGGUUUGUGUUUUCUUAAAAUAAAAUGCAGAGACAUAUUUUAAGCUGA